AUAUCAGAGGGCUUGGAUAACGAUAGUAUUCAUUGAGGCGAAGGCUUUCAAACAGUUGACUAUAGACUGUUUAACUUUUUAACUGUGUUUAAUUGCCAAUGACUUGACAAAUACGAUUUUGCGUUGUGUGUUUUGGAAUACUGUUGACACUUUUUGGACUUUAAAACGAGUUUUUUAACAUUGGUGAUUGUUAUAGGAAUGUAUAUACUUUGGUAUAUGGACAAGUUAAAGAAAUUAGAUGCUUUGUGUUGUCUUUUAAUAGUUUUGGAGUCAUGUGCAUCAUGUGCCUGGAGGAAGUAAGCGGGGAAAAAUCAGAUUGACUGAUCCAGUUUUAGAAAAUAGCAAUUACAAUUGAAAUUUGUAUGAGGGAAAUAGUAUUGUUGAGCAGUGAAAAGUAUGAAUACUUAUCCUAUAAAAGAGAUCUUAUUGUGAGACUGUGUGUGUGCUUUUCCAUGGUUUCCAUGCAAUUGUGUUGAGUAUUUUAAUGCGGAUAAAUAUAUUUAAUUGUGUGAGGAUUGGUGUUUAGUGACACAAUAAGAAAGUUAAGUGGUGAAUAUUGGAAAAACUUACAAAACUAGGACUUUAAGGUUCAGUACAAACAGUGUUUUAUAUUAAGGAGGAACAGCUAAAGCAAUGUGAGUUUUCCUCCGCAAGUUGUGGAUGAUAUAUUAAGGGAUUAUAACAAACAAUGGAGAAGUUCACCCUCUGGAUCGUUAUCCUGCUAGACCUCACUUGUAGCCUGGCAGCUGAAUAUCCAGCAGAAUACCCGUCCAAUAAGCAGAAAAACAUUUCGUUUGCAUGUGAGGACUCAUUCGUGAACCUGCAGUGCAAGGAGGGUCAUAUCCGUGUGCUGCUCGCCAACUAUGGUAGAUUCAGCCUGUACAUCUGCGGGAUGAAGGGCAUUGACAGGGACUGGAACGUUCAGUGUAGCGCCAAGGACUCCAUACGCAUUGUUUCAGAAAAAUGUGACGGCAGGAAGAUCUGCUCCUUCCAGGCAGCCAAUCACAUGUUCGGGGGAGAUCCGUGUCCUGGCACCACGAAAUACCUUGAGGUUCAGUUUUAUUGCGAAAAAGAUGACACAACAAGUUCUUCAACAACAACUCAGAGCACCACCACUACCACAGCUACCACCACCAGUACCAUCUCAAAGAGCACCUUGCCAUUUAACCUUGAAACGACCCCUGAGUCAGAGGUCACCACUGUGUCACAGGGCCAAGAUAAGAAACCAGGGAGGCCAAUCUGCCCUGCACAGGAAAUGGCAGGCGUAAAAUGGCCUCCAACUCAAAACGGGCAGACACGAAAAGUGAAGUGUCCCAUAGGAAUGAGUGGUGAUGCCGUGUGGCAGUGUGGGGAGAAAGGAUCAUGGCUGGGACCCCCAGAUCUGACCAACUGUGUGUCCGAGUGGAUGACUGACAUCAAUGAUGCAAUUGACAGUGACAUGCCUGUGGAGAAAGCUGUGACUUCUUUGAAUGCCAACAUCAGGGGGAGAGAAUUACAUGCGGGUGACCUAAAGAAGGCUACAACGCACUUGAUUCCUGAGCUUGUGAGAAAACUGAAGAUGCAGAUGACAGGUGAUAAGUCGUCUGCUUCAAGGGACAUGGUGCAUCGCUUCAAUAAGGAAAUUGUCAAGUCUACCAGCAGCUUGCUUGAUAGCAGUCAGAGUAAGUCAUGGCAGACUCUGGACUCGAGUACGCGCAAGAUGUCCGCCACCUCCCUGAUUGUCUCCCUUGAGCAGAUGGCAUUGGAGGUCGCGGCAACCUUGAACACUAGCGAUAGUAUCUCCUCGUGCGAACAGAAUAUUGUUAUGGAGGUGAGCGUGCUAAAGCUGCGGCAAGUUCAUUCUCCCAUCCUGCGUCUUCCCACAAUUCAAAGGGGUGUCGCUAAGGACGACGGUUACCGUGACUUCAGCUUACCAUUGGACAGCGUGAUCGGACUUGAGAACACUGACGAUGUCACUGUCACCUAUCUGUUCUACAACAACAUCGAGGCACUCAUGAGCCCCGGAGGUGAUGAAACAGGGACAAAAGAUGGGGCAGACAACUCCUCCAUGGUUAUCAACUCUAAGGUGAUCUCAGCCUCAGUCUCGAAGCAUUCGGAGACAGGAGAGGGACCAGUCGGGAAGACCCUGCUGUCACGCCCCAUGACCUUCACCCUGUCACAUAAUGAGCGGCUCAAGGACAAAGUGCCUGUGUGUGCAUACUGGGACUUCAGCAAAAGCACUCUGGUUGGCAAGUGGUCUACGGAUGGCUGCAGGGUUGUGAAGUCCAACGACGCGUUCACGACCUGUGAGUGCAACCAUCUCACUAACUUUGCCAUUCUGAUGGAUGUCUCUGGCACCAAGUUGGACCGGUUCCACGUGAUGUCUCUACAGGCCAUCACCUACGUAGGCUGCACGGUGUCCAUCGUCUGCCUCUUCAUGUGUUUCGUUUCCUUCUCCAUAUUCAGGAAUCUGGAGUCAGACAGAAAUACCAUUCACAAGAACCUGGUGUUUUGCCUCAUGAUUGCAGAGUUGCUGUUCUUGUUUGGAAUUGGACAGACAGAUUCAAAGGUUGGCUGUUCGGUGAUCGCUGGAUUCCUCCACUUCUUCUUCCUCUGCUCGUUCUCCUGGAUGUGUCUGGAGGGGAUCCAACUCUACUUCAUGCUCAUCGAGGUGUUUGAGGCAGAGAGGUCCCGUGUCAGGUGGUUCUACCUCUUUGGCUAUGGUGUACCUGCCCUGAUCGUGGGCAUAUCAGCAGCUGUGGACCAUACAGGCUACGGAACUGAGGCUCAUUGCUGGCUGAGGACGGACAAUUACUUUAUCUUGAGUUUCGUGGUACCUGCUGCGGUCGUGGUGAUGAUCAACAUUGUCAUGUUGGGUAUAGCCAUAUCCAUGAUGUGCCGCCAUGCAGGAGUCACUGCGUCAGCCAUCCAGGCAAGACAGAAGGGCAAGCUGGAGAAAAUUGCAAACGGUAAAAACAGUAUUGUCAGUGAGGAUUCUGCAAGUGUGUCGACCGUUGACUUGCCGACGUGGCUUAAGGGUUCUGCAGUGCUGGUGGUCCUGCUGGGACUGACUUGGAUCUUCGGCUUCAUGUACGUGAACGCUGACACGGUGGCCAUUGCGUACAUGUUCACCAUCUUGAACUCCCUGCAGGGACUCUUCAUCUUCAUCUUCCACUGCUUCAUGGACAGGAAGGUGAAGAAGGAAUGGCGGCGUGCCAUCUACAAGGCCAGGUGGCUACCAGUGUGCUGUCGGGUCAAUCUGGGUGGUUACCAAGGCAAUGUGUCCUCACCCACACCCACCUCAUCCUCUGGAAACUACUUCAUGAGAUUCUGGAGUGGCAGAAAGCGUAAGAGAUCUGAUGGCUCAGCUACUGGCUCGGCUAAUGGAAAACGUCGGAGCAAUCUGGAUAGUUACCUAAUAUCGGACUCCAGCAGUGGCUGUACAGUGAGGACAGCCUUGAAUCGCUAUAGCAACCAGAGUGACAAGCUUCUUCCCAAUGGUCAGAAUGUGUACAGUGCCAUGCCGACGCAUUUCGAGGGCGAAAAUGUAAACGACCUGUCAAUACAGGAUUGCUCUGUCAUAGACAGCGAGUUUGUGAGCGAGUAUUGUCAGAACAAUCUACGUGUUAUUAACGAAAAGCGUGAAUAUUCGUCGGGUUCAGAAUCUGAUGAUGACAAAGAGAAAAAACUGAGCAAGUCAGUGGAUUCCAUUAAUAAGGAUAGACUUUCAUUGCUGUCCAAAGAUUCUAUGGCCAAAGUACAUUCAGAGUUCACCUCUGAUAACGAAGAAUCAAAAUUGAACUUGGCACUUUCGAAUCAAACGUACGACCCUUCAGGGGAUGGGGACACUUUGAAACGGUCUGACAGUGAGCGAAACUGUAUCAACAAUCUCCUGUCUAUGUACAUGAGUUCAGAGGGUGAGAGAGGUGUUCACAAUCCUGCGGAACGUAUGAGCACUUCCCAGCAGAAACUGGAUAGCUUGGACAGGAAGUAUAUCCAUAGCAACACGAAAAUGACUAAAAGUGCCCCAGAUUUAAAACUGGCAUCCCGGAGUGUGAACCAGAAUGAUGUACUGGAUUCAACCACUGAACCAUUGCUGGGCACAGUUUCCAAUGACACAGAUGUUGUUGCUAAAGUGUUGGAUACAAAAACAGUUCUUGAGUCUCGCAUAGAGUAAAUAUACUUAUCAAAGACAAAAACAUGUGUAAUGUUGUUUGUGCUUUUUCCCCAACAUUUUAUAAACUUCUAUAAGUGAGUACAUUAUGUGCAAGCAUAUGCAGAUAACACAUGUUGUCUGGGGACAAGUUGCUGGACCAUUUACAUGGUAACGGCGAUUUCUUUUUGCUCAUAAGACUUUGGACUCAGCUUUCUAGUCUGCUUAUAUACCCUGAUGUAUUCUGGAGUAUAAUGUUUAUGUGGAUUCAUUGUAACAUUACGUAUCUAGCAUCUAUCACAAUCUAAAACAGCAUAUGUUAUAUAAUAGUUUGGGUUUAUCUAAAUAUAUUCAAAAGAACACAAGCGAAUAUAGUACACCAAUGUUUGUCACUUAAUCCAAAAAGUGUGGAGCUUCCUUAAUAACUUUGUGAGUUUCACUCUGUGACAAAGAACAAUCACUUUGUAGAAGCCAAUGUCAAUCCUGAUGACCAUUUUUGUGACAGACAGACAGACAGACAGUUUAUUUCGACUUGUACAAAGUACAUCGUCAACAACACAUAAUUAUAACAGUACAGUUUGUCAAUUGUGAUAGGAACAAAGUUUUAUACAAAUUUACAAAUCAAUUACUAAGCAAAUACAGUGGCGUGAUUACAAAUUAAAUAUAACAACAGACAAGAAAGAAAAAAAAAGAAAAAAGGAAAAAUGAAAAGAGGAUGAACAUUUAAACAUGCAUAGUGAUACCAGCAUAAUAUGUGCAUGUUAUUAGGCAUUUUCUGCUCUGGAUCUCUUGUUCAAAUCAUCAUGCCUACCGUUUGCCAUAUUGGAAAAUCCCAGAAUGUAUGGUGAUUAUCUGUGUCAAUUUACUGGUAGCUUCAUCUCAUCACCAUAUAGCUGUUGAGAAGAGGGAAAAAAUAGGGUGGCUUAUUUUAGUUUUGGAUAAAUACCUGUAUGUGACAGCCAACCAACUUCUAUGGAAAUGGCAUUUUCAGAGAGCCAGUAAUAAUAGUGCUUCAAUUUGAGGUGUCAAAAAAUUAUAAAAAGAAAACUUGAAUUUGGUGAACAACCUUGUAGUGUUUUCCAUAAAUAUGUCUAUUAUGAAAGAUAUAGUGAUAUGUGUUUCAUGUAAAGUAGUACAGUGCCAUUAAGAUGACAGGUCAGUAUUAUGUGUACUUUGAGAGUAUCUCAUUCUUUUGUACAUUUGUAAGUGAUAUUUUUGUGUGCAGUGGGUAUUUCAUACAGUCACACUACGCGCACAUUUUUGGUAAUAUGAAUUAUAGUUAUACUUCAGCUAGAAGAGAUUUUACAUUUUUGAUUAUAUAUCAAUGUAUAAGGAGCAAACAUUGAUAAACCCUUACCUUGCAAUUGUAUAUAAAUUUCUAAUAAAAAAAAUAGUUUGCUAAUAUUUAUUAUAUAUUGUUUGUGUUUAUUUUCAUGAUAAAUAUGUUUGUAAUUAAUUAUUUUGUGUAUGUUGUAAACAAGAACCUUACUUUCAUAAAGAACUUUCUAUUUGUAUCACGUCUUUUAUGUUUAUAUACUGUUGUUAUGUCUUCAAGCAUUCCAAAUGUUUGUGGUUGUGAAAAAUCUGUAGCUAUGUUUUACUAUAACAAUCAGUUGAGUAUGAAGGACAAUUUGGUUUGUCUUUAUCUUUAUUUUUCCUUCUGUUUAACCCUUUCCCACUCAGAAGCAAAGUGAAAAUGGCCAUGUGCAAACAGCAUAAAACCAGAACAGCAUGCAAGCCACUCACAGUCUGUUCAGGUUUAAUGCUGUUUGCUGCUCAUCAGUACCUUAGGGUUGGAAAUUAAGCCUUUAAAACUUGAAUCUAGUAAGAAAGGUCUUUAAAAAAAAAUAACUUUCUAAGGGACUGCAUAUGGGUGAAAAUAAGUAUCUAAGUGGUAAAGGGUUAACAGGUAUGGGCAGAUAUUUUAAAGUGAGAGCAGUAUCAAAUUGAAUUGAAGAUUGGUACCAUAUUUAAUUUUAUACAUAAGCACUAAUAUACAUAAGUUUAGAAUGACUGACAAACAUUGUCUUGAUUUAUGAAAAAGCCAUUUAUCAGUCUUUAAUGUCGUGAGAGAUGCACAAUAGUUUCAUAUUUACUUACAUGUACUAAUUAUAUUUAUAGAAAGUAUAUCAGCUUACGGUUGUGAGAAAUAUGACCUUGAACUUGUCUUUAUAUAAUUGUCAUUAAAUAAUGCAGAAUGUAGAAGUGUACUAGUUAUUCUGAUGACUUUACAAAUGUGUCUUUUUGUAAAAUAUAAUGUAGAAGUGUACUAGUCAUUCGGAUGGUUCCUUCCACUUUAUCUUUGUAAAAUCAAUUAUAAUUCCUUUGUUUACUGUCUAUAAUGAUAGUUGUCACAGUUCGAUCACGCUAACUGAUUACAAAACUGGUUUAGUAUUUCCUAUUUGAAAAAGUGCGUAUCAACAAAAAAUGUUCAUAGUUGAGGUCAAUAAUAACAAGUUAGAACAGUAUCUCACAAAAUAUCUGGGAAAUUAAUUAGUGAAGCAUUUAGUUUAAUUGAAAAUAAGUGGAGCAUACUUUAUUUUGUAAUUGGGAUUUGUUGAUUUCAGUUCAUUUUGCAAACAUAUUGAUUGCCUACAUUCCUAUAAUUGUCUUCUACCUGUAAAGGGUGUCUACUGCCAAUUUGUUUACGCGAGCCACUGAUGUGAUUCAAGAGGGAUUUUUCUGAAGAUUUUCCGAAUGUGUGUACUAAUAAGAAUUGCUCUGUCUGAGUGCUUGCAAUAUACUUUUUAGUAGAAUGGACUAUGAUUCUCAUAGUGAAGGUUUUGACAAUUAUCUUGAACAUGUGAACUGUACAGGUGACCUUAUGUGGUAAAAAAGGUAGAUGUACAUAUUGGCAAUUGGUAAAGACUUUAUGAAAGAAGUUUUCAAUUUAUUGUUUUUUCUGCGCACAUAUAAAAUAACUCAGUGUUGUCAUUAAUAUAAAAGAAAAAAAUGAAUUUUCACCUUAAAUAAAAAUCAAUAUGUUACAGCAACAGAAAGCGUGUAAAAUGUAAGCGCUGAAUUUAAACUUUCAUGAUGGAAGAUUAUGUGAAAAAACAUUAAGCUAGCCUCCUGAUUCCAUAUUGAAAUAGCCAAAUAUAAAAUAAUAUGCAGUUAUCAACAAUAAAGCUCUUAUGUUGGCUACAGUUACCAGUACAUGCAAUAACAGCUAAAGAUCACAAAUUAUUAAUAAUUCCUAUGUAAAUGAAUGAAAUUACUCAAUGGUAUUAAUUUUUUUGUAGCAAACGUUGUUUUACUGUACAUUUUUUGUUUUAGGUAAUGUAUCAGAUUGAUAUUUAUUUUUAUAUUUUAAACACUAUUUUAAAAACAAAGUGUAUGCAUGUUUAUAGAUCAAAAAAGAAAUUAUGUAUGCCAAAAUGUGAAGUGAUGUUGCACUGUUAUGCCAAAUACAACACCCCUUGUUCUUAGAAGUCAAGGUCAUAUCUCAUUCAAAGGUUGUGAAUGUACAUAGUUUUCUAUUUUCCUUCAUUAUUGAUUCCUGUAUGUAUUGGUCUUAGUUUGUACAGGUAUCUUUAAUUAUGCUGUUUGGAUCAUGUUUAAAUAGUGUGUUUUUAUGAUAACACACGUUAUGUAUUUCUAUGUAUUAUUGUUAUGUUCUUGUAACUUAAAUAUGAAAACAAGUUGAUUAGCUGCAUACGUCUUUUUUUUUUAACAAAUUCAGUAUAAUCUCAAUUGAAUAACUGUAAGUACAUAAGAGAGUGAUUAAAAUAAUGUAUUUUAUUUUUUCUUGCAUUAGUGUAGUUUUUGCCCCUACCGGUUUCACCGGAGGGGACUUGUAGUUUGCGCGUCUGUGAUUCUGUCUGUGGGUCUGUCUGUCUGUCACACAUUUCUGGAUCCUGCGAUAACUUUAAAAGUUCUCAAUAUUUUUAUGCCCCCCUUUGAAGAAGAGGGGGUAUAUUGCUUUGCUCAUGUUGGUCGGUCGGUCGGUCCGUCCGUCCGUCCACCAGGUGGUUUCCGGAUGAUAACUCAAGAACGCUUGGGGCUAGGAUCAUGAAACUUCACACGUAUAUUGAUCAUGACUCGCAGAUUACCCCUAUUGAUUUUGAGGUCACUAGGUCAAAGGUGAUGGUCACAGUUACUGGAAAUAGGCAUUUUAAGGAUUUAGCAUGGUUAAAACAAGGGAAACAACUACGGUUUAUGCAUGUUCUUUUUAUUACAGAUUUGCCUCCCUUUAAUUCAUUCAAAAUCUCAUUUUACAGCAGAGAUUCCAAAUCUGACCUGUAAAUGAGCCCCAUAUUUACUGCCAGUGCUAGGUUACCUUUUCCCAUUUGAUCAUUCCUAAGUAUUGGUAUUGUAAUGCUGCUACUGCUGCUGCUACUGCUACUACUACUACAUGGUUCAAACAAAAAUCUCAAACCUAAAUUCAAGCACUUUUCAAGGACUUUUUAAGGCCAAAUUUUCAUUUUCAAGGCCGAGAACCGUAUGUUUGUUUCCUUUAAAAAAUGCAUUUUCAAGCCAGAUUAACACAGUAUAUAUCAUUUAUUUGCUCUAACACAUUAAACUAAUUUCACAAUAAAUCACUUGUGUUAUUUCUAAUUAUUACAUACACAUAAAUGUUAUCCAUCCUUAACUCAAUGAGUCUCACAUAUGUAUUUACUUUUUAAAGUUAUUACAAACAAACACACUGUCUCUUUAUAUGCUCACAUCAAACAGACUAGUUCAUUUCAUUUAAACAGAAGUCAGUUACUAUAACAUUUUGUAUUUCACAGGGUUGUUGUUGUUAAUGUCUGUUUUAGAUUGCACAAUUUUAACAAUAGCACCUUCCUGUUUCACCAAAAAGUACAAUGCAGGACCCCUGUUUGCUUCUCAAUUUCAUGUUUUCUUUGUGGGUUUCCCCUUUAUCGUGGCUUUUCAAAGCGCUUUCACCCAUUCCCCCCGACACCAAUGGUCUUUAUAUAGACCCAACAAUGUGCUUUUCAAAUGUCAUUUGUUUUCUGUUCCAAGGAACAUUCAUAAGUUUCGCGCAAAACAUAACGAUAAACGUCAUUUUGACCACUUGUUUAUGACCAGAAAAUAGCGCCAUGAAUAUUCAUGUUUAAAGAAUGUUAACGUAUCGUAUAAGUUGUAAUUAUUUAAGCAUUUUUCUGCAUAUCAUCGGUGUUUAUGACCAGAAAGUAGCGCCAGGUCGAAUAUUCAGUUAACCACUCUGGUUGGAAACGACACUUCCCCAUCGCUGAAUUUUUACUCGCGAAAAUUGAUCACAAUGGCGAACCUCUGACGUAGUACACAUAAUCUGUGACGUGUACACUUAAUGUUUCGUACCCAAUAGUGUACGAAACUUAUAUUUUGGUACACAUUUUUUGCGCGAAGGAAUUUAUGAUAAAUUUUCGUAAUAUUUUCCUUAAGAACGAUUUAAGUUUAUGGCGAUGAUAAAAGUAAUUUUGAACAAAAUAACAAUUUUCAAGGCUUUUUUACAUGAAAUAAGUACUUUUCUAGCACUUUUUCAAGGCCAACCUUUGUUCAAGGGCUUUUCAAGCCUAGGACUCGUUUUCAAGCACUUUUCAAGCCCUGUGCGAACCCUGUACUACUACUACUUCUACUACUACUACUACUACUUCUACUACUACUACUACUACUACUACUACUACUACUACUACUACUACUACUUCUACUACUACUCCUACUACUACUACCACCACCACCACCACCACCACCACCACCACCACCACCACCACCACCACCUAUUCUACCAUGUCUACUAUUACUACUUCUACUACUACUGCCACAACUACUACUACUUUUACUACUACUACUACUACUACUACUACUACUAUUACUACUACUUCUACUACUACUACUACUACUACUACUUCUACUACUACUACUACUACUACUACUACUACAUCUACUACUACUACUACUACUACUACUAUUACUACUACUACUACUACUACUACUACUACUACUACUACUACUACUACUACACCACCACCACCACCACCACCACCACCACUGUUCACAGUGACAAAAAAUGUAUUCACACAAUGGCUGCUACUACAACUUAUAGCCCAUAUAGGGGGGCAUGCAUGUUUUACAAACAGCCCUUGUUUCAUGAAACUUGCAACAUGGAUAGAUGGCAAUAUUGACAUUAUGCAGGUCAUUUCAUUUUGUUCCUACGUCAAAAAUUGUGGUUGAUAUGGCAACAACAAAAAAAAAAUUGUGGAUUUUCUGACAAUGGUGGAACCGGUAGGGGACCAUAUUGCUUGACAAUAGCCUUGUUUUUUCUGAGGUAUUUAUAUACAACAACUUUUCUUGUACCAGAAAUUAUUAUUCAAAUUAAUAUAGAAAUAAUAUAUUUGUUAAUAUAUUAGCCAAAGAUUGCUUAAUGAAAGUGCUUUAUUGCCGUUUUGAAACCUAUAUUUUAAGUUGUUUUCCAUGUAUGUUUUGUUUUUAAGAACAUUUGUUUUAUUUGAAAUUGAAAGUAAAUAAAAUAAAUUGAGCAAAGUAUUCUAAUGAA